UGUGGCGCUGCAGUUUGGCGCUCAUCCCGCCUGGACGCUUGGUGGAGGUUGCGUACAGACGGUUUGUCUCAUGCGGCCUAGUCGCAAUAAUUCAUUUCACGUAUGUUUAUUCGGGUCAAGAAGAAUAAAUUCAGAGUUAUAUUAAGUUUUUAAACACAAUGGAUAUGGAUGCGGUGAACGCCUUUAACGGGGAGAUGUUGUCCAUGAUGGACAUGCCACCCCCAAUAUCUCGAGCCAAAAUGAUGUCUGUAACUAAAGCAGGAAUCAAAGCUAUCAAGCUUUAUAAGCAUGCUGUUCAAAUUGUGGAGAAGUUCAUCAAGAGGUGUAAACCAGAUCUGAAGGUCGCUGGUCUCUAUGUGGUCGAUUCGAUCAUCAGACAGUCUCGCCACCAGUUUGGCGCAGACAAAGAUGUGUUUGGUCCAAGAUUCUUGAAAAACUUUUCCGUGACGUUCCAGAACCUGUAUGAGUGCCCUGUAGAUGACAAGGAGAAGAUAUUACGUGUGCUGAAUCUGUGGCAGAAGAACGAUGUGUUUGGAAUGGACAUCAUUCAGCCUCUGCUGGAUAUGGCCACAGCUCCAGUGCUUCCUGUCUUUGAGAAUGGAACUACAGUGGGCGUCUCCCUCGCUACACCAAUGUCAGUACCACAGCUGGCAUCAGCUUCUGCCACAGCAGUAACCCUGCCCGCUCUACAGAACCCAGUGUCUCCACCCACUCUACAUAACCCUGUGGCUCCACCCCACCUACAAAACUUUAUAGCUUCACCCACUGUACAGAACCCCGUGGCUCCACCUGCUCUUCAGAACCCAGGUGCCCUGGCUGCAGUUGCCCAGUUGCUCCAGGGCACACAGGGCUUAGAGCAGCUGCUUCAGAGUCUGCAGCAGAGCGGAGGGGCGGGGCUUUCACAGUCCACUGCCCCGCCCACCGAACAGAAGACAUCACUAGCUAAGAGUUUGCUGGAUCGGUUUGAUUACGAUGAUGAUCCAGAACCAGUGGAGGAAAACCCUGAACCCGCCCCUACUGCUCCUCAUGCGUUGAACCUUACACUAGAAUUACAGCAAGCCCUGCAGGCCCACCUUCUAAGCCAACUAGCUAACCAGUCGCAGGAGCAGGUGGCACUUCAGAGUUUGCCAGCGAUGGUGCCGAACCAAAUACCAAACACACUACAAAACACAGUACACACACUGGAUGAGAGCAGCGUGCCGCCCAGUUUCCAGCAGCCACAUGUGCAAAACCGCUUCCAGACAACACCUUUACCUGAGGAGUCAGCUGUGAAGAUGGAUCACUCAGCGGAUGAUCGAGACAGAAGACACAGAAGAUCACGAUCCAGGUCUCCACAAAGAAGUUCAACGUCUCGUUCACGAAGAUCGCCGUCCGGUUCGCGCUCCCAUCGAUCGAGGUAUCAUCGCACACGAUCCCGAUCCAAAGAGCGCCGAGCGCGAUCAGAGGAGAGGAGGGAGAGAGAGAAGGAGAGAGAGCGUAGACAGAAAGGACUUCCGUCCAUCAGGAAGGAACAUCUCAGCGUGUGCAGCACUACGUUAUGGAUCGGCCAGCUGGACAAAAAGACACAAAAACAGGAUAUCAUGAGUCUGAUGGAGGAAUUCGGACAGGUUGAGUCUAUCAAUAUGAUUCCUCCUAGAGGUUGUGCAUACGUUGUCAUGGUGCACAGACAGGACGCACACACAGCCCUGAACAAACUCAGCAGAGGGACUGUUAAAGUCAACCAGAAAUCUAUAAAGAUCGCGUGGGCGUUGAAUAAGGGCAUUAAAGCGGAGUUUAAGAAGUUUUGGGAUGUGGAGCGGGGUGUCACGUAUAUCCCCUGGAACAAAGUGAAACGUGACGAUAUUCAGAGUUAUCGAGGAGGUGGUAUGCUGGAUGCUGAAACUCUCAAACCAGAGUGGAACAUUUCUGUGGCCAAUCCAGCAGUGCCAGUCACAGGAGGACCUGAAGGAGGACAGGGAAAUGGAGCUUCACUCCUAACGGUAUCACAGGUAACACAUGAGGGGUUUUCUCCAGAACUCCUCAGGGCUGUUCAAUGUCUCGUUCAACUUCUCUGCUUCUGUUUCGUUUUGUCUUUGACAUGUGGGAGGCAAACUGUGUUUCUGUCUUUUGCAUUGAGGGUUUAAUAGCAAAUGAAGAACCACAGAGUAUAAAAUAAAACAAAGUUAGUGUCAUGUCUGUCUAGUUUUCUUUGUUUCGGUAGAGUCCUUUUCAACGACAGUUUGUGUCUCGCUGUUCUGCGAUAGGCCAGAUUUUUCAGUAAAUAUGUGCAUUGUGUCAGUUUAUGAUGGGUGAUCUUUCGCCCACAUUCUGCUUGUUUCAUAUUAAUCAUGUUGCUCUUAAGAUCAAAAAUGUUUUUUGAUGCUUCAAGCCAUUGAAAGCCCACAAUGGCCACAUGUUUGGUCUUUUUCUUUUGUUCUUGAGGUCAAUUUUAAACAGUUAAUUUAGCGUGAUUUAAAUAUCAAAGAAUAAUAUCGUUGUCAAAUGAAUCAUGACCUCUUGGUGCAAUUCUUCAUGUUUGAAGAAUACCUUAUCACCAUCAGCAGACCUUACAUUUGAGGCCAUUCUCUGUAUUCUUAGUGAAAGAUAUUUAUGUGUAAUUACUUAAAUUUCAUUUAAGACAUAAUUGUCAGUCUUCUAACUCGGGGGAUUUCAAACUGGGGCCUGGGGACCCCCAGGGGGCCUCCAGAAUGUUCCCCUAGAAAAUAUUUUAAAAACAAAACACAGCAAAAGUUGGAAAAUUCUACCGAAGAUUACUAUGGUUUCAUUUCUACAAACAAUUUUGUCUGUAUAUCACACGUACUAUUUGUCUAACAGUUGAAAUGCUUUAUACAAAAUUUUUUUUUUUUUUUAGAAAGGGGGUCCGUCGAAAAAAGUCCAUCAUAUUUGGGCGUCCUUGGCAUGAUUUAGUUUGAUAACCCCUGUUUUAACUGACAGCUAAUAAAUAGUCAUCCUGGCACAGUUAUCUUAAAAUAAUUUAUUUCCAUUGCUAAGUUCUUUUUAAAAUUGAACCCCCUCAAAGUUGCGAGGUAGACAGUAGGUGAAUAAUGACAACUUGUUGUGCAUUUGAUGGUUUUAACUUUUUCGGAAUGUCUUUAUAAACAACACACAGCAUGACACAGCUCUGGUUUGCUCAGGGAGCUUAAGGCUCAGCCCAUUUUUCAAAUGUUGCUUAGUGAGAACUCAUGUUAGGAGAAGCAUUGGCGAUAUUUUUCUGCUGCUCUCUGGAUGCAAUAAUGACUCUAAACAGGCAUUUCACAAACAUGGGCUAUGUAAUGCUAAAACGCUAAACAUAGUCAUAUUAACGGCCAACCACUAGAGGUUUAGCAGUCACUUUAAAGAGAAAUCUGAGUUUUCGUGCAUCUCAAAGGUUGAAGGUGGAUGACGAAUUUUAAUGUCGCAGUCACUCCUGGAGAACAUUGGGAAAUCAGGAAAUGAACAGGUGGGUUGAGGAAGCACCAGGAAAAUCAAUUAUAGGUUGUCGUCUCCAUUGGAUAAAAAUUGUGCGUUGAGUAGUAUUCGUCUGCACUGCGCAGUUAUUGUGAGGAAACCUUUCCAGAUCUUUAUAGCAUUAGCUCAAGGUCAAGGUUCUUUUUUCCUUUUCAUACAUCAAAUUAUGUAAUGUUAUGUCUCUGUACAUAUUAUCACAAGCUCUAUCCGGUGUAAGUUAAUGCAUCAUGAAAUCACCUUUUCAAAAAUUAUAGUUUGCAUACAUAUGUUUCAGUCGACAUUAUGCAUAUAUUAACUUCAAAAGUGUGAGCUAUAAACUUAUGAGCAACACUGACCGAUUCAUUGAGUUGUGUGAGGUGCCGAGUGAUGCACAUCAACAAGCUGAUAAAACAUUGGCAUAUAAUGGGAAAUAUAGUCUUUUCCCUGAGUUGACAUUUUUCAUGUUGACUUUGUCAGGGAGGACAGAGAAGUUUAAAAGUGCAAUAACUCUGCAAAAACUGAAACAAAGAUGGUAUUCAUUACAUUCUGGCUAUUGAGGUGAUUCAUGUGCCCCUUUAAUCUGCUGCUGCUGCUUCUGAAAAGAUCAAAAUCAUCCUUUUUUUUCUCCAAUGGACUGGUGAAGGUGAGUGUUUGAGGUUCUGGGUUUCCAGAGAAGAUCUAUCCCCUGAACAUCAUUGAUGACAUUCAGCGACCUAGACUUGAGCGCAGAAAGGUAACGGCUAAAUACCAGCGUGAGUUUAAUUUUUCAACCCAUCAAAGCAAAACGCAUGUCGCGGAGUUUCAAGUUAUGGUUUAAUUGACCAGUCCGUUGGAUCUUCUCAGAGACGUGUCUAAAACAAAAAGUGUGGCUCCUUGUUGAAAUAAUUGCUGACAAAGUUCAAGCGGAUGGUUGGGAUGGUGAACCAUCUCCUGGUCGACCGAUGACCUUGUGUUGCUGUGGAUUGAGUCUUUCGAAUAUCCCCAAAUGGUGACCGUACCUGUUGGAAGUGCAGUGAGAAUCUGCUGGGAUCAUUUUGGUCGGGCAGCUGAAAUAUUCUACUCUCUUCGAAGGAACCAGAGAUUUGGUAAGAUGACAUUUUCGUUUUUGACUUUCUACCUGAACCGUGGAUUUUAGAUUUAGACUAAAAGUAACGGCACUCUAGCAUCCAAAAGUUAAAUCCUAAAGGGGUCCUGUUGUGUUUUGACGACUUCCAUUUUAUAUAGUGAGUCAUGUAGCUGUUUGAGCCUAAUAAAGGUCUGCAAAGAUCAGAUCAUUGCAAAGAGAGUUAUUCUCUUUAUCCAUUCAAGAACUACAAUGUGCUUUUGUGCAUUCACACUUCACAAUAUCCCUCAUUUAACUGCUGCCUAAGGUGCACUUAUAAAAGUUGUCACUGUUUUUCCACCCUGAUUCUAAACCCACUUUGUUCGGUUUUCCUGAAACAAACACUGGUUGUUGAAAAAUGUGUUGUAGGUUUUUUUUAGGGGGGGGGAAAUGUAAGCAUGAAAACCUAUUACUACACCCUAAAAUCAAGACUUUGUAAAAGGGAAUAAUUGGACCUCUUAUGGAAUAAAAAUCUGGAUUAAAGAAGGCAAAUGAAAAAUAUCAGACUGUACUUGUCUACAUUAAGCAUAUGUUAAUCACAACAGUGUGUUGCAAAUACAGGCUAUGUUUGGAAUGUAAUGCCAGCAGUUAGUCUUAAAUCGCACGCUAAGGUCACAUUUACUUUAUUUAUGUUUCCGACCAAUAAUUAAAGCCAUACAAUUUUCCCAUUUGUAGUAAUAGAACUGCAGCAUCUUGUUAAUGCCUUUUAUCUUUGCAGUUAGUGCACCUGCCGUACUUUGUGUUACGAACGCACUUAUGUACAAUAUGCAUACGUAUUUCAGACAGAAGCAUUGCUACACUGCUGAAUUGUUUAUUUAGUGAGUUACAUUUCUUUCUUCUAAAUUAAUUUUGGUUUAAAUGUUUGAACCUAGGCUGUCCAAAUUUUGAAUUAGAAAACACACACACACACACACGCACGCUUUGGUUGACUAUCCCCGUGGGGACAGUCCAUAGGCGUAAUGUUUUUUAUACUGUACAAACUGUAUAUUCUAUCCCCUAUCCCUAAACCUAAAGAUCAUAGAACACGUUUUGCAUUUUUAGAUUUGUAAAAAAUAUUGUUCUGUACAAUUUAUUAGCUUUUUUGCCCAUGGGGACCAAAAUUGAGGUCCCCACGGUGACACGAGUCCCCAUGUGUUGGUGUGUAUUCAGGUUUAGGUCCCCACCGGGAUAUACAAACAUGAACACACACACACACAAUACAGAAGUAUACAAAGAACCUAAUGUUGAAUUUAUUACUGUUAAUAAUUUGAAGAAGCUAUCAGUAAUGCUUUACAAAGAGGUUGUGUUUGUUAACAUUAGCAAAUUGAUUAACUAACAUAAACAAUGAGUAACAAAGUUUGACAGCAUUUAUUAAUCUUUGUUAAUGUUCAUGUUAGUUUAUGGUGCAUUUACUAAUGCUGAAGUGAACAUGAAAUAAGGUGACUAACUGAUAUGAAAUUGUUAAUUGUUCGUUCAUGUUAGCUAAUGCAGUAGUUAAAAUACAAGCGUAUUGUGAAGUGUCAACUAACUAAAUAAUAUAGUAGUACUUUAGGCUGGCAACGUACGUUGCAACUUGUGCCUCAUGCAGUUAUUCUCAGAAGGUUUGGUGCAUUUCUCAAGUUAUCCGUAACAUUUGCAAACCAGUAAGGACAUUUCUAAAAAAAUCCACCAAAGAGUAGAUUAACUACCAAAGCCUGUAACUAGCUCGAAAUCUUUAUAGUUCUCUCAGAAGUCAAACGCACCUAAUAACAGACAGGUCUGACUCGGUUGAGCAACCAAUCAAAGCUUCUAAUUCAGCUAGGUGGUGGGGUUACCCGUGCUUUGACGCUCAGCCAGAGAUGCAAUCGUCCGUGCAUUACAUAUUGCUAACAUUUACAGGAACAACAUUCUUAAUGUGGAGUCCUUCAAAUAAAGUAAGUCGUGCUGGAGAAAGGUUUAGGCUGAAAUAGAGUAAAGUGACACAUCGGGAUGUCAACAUGUGAGUUUUAAAACGCCUUCCAAUUUCUGCUGUCUGAUAUUGUGAAUUAUAUUUUGCUGUUAUUGGACAGCAACAAAUUGUAUGAUAUUUAGACCCUGGCUCCAUAUAGCGUUGAAAGGAAACUGCAUUGUAUGUUUUAUAGACAAAUGACAGACAAAAUACCAUCUAGCAAUGACUAUCGAUAUGUUUGCCUGUUUCUAAAGCACAUCUAUAACUUGUAGAUUUGUGUUUUGCCUGAAAUUACAUGAAUCGGACUAAUGCAAUUGUUGUAAUUGCCUGUUUAAGCCAGUCUUUAGUUAGUGAGAUCACAGCAUCCAUCUUAUGUUUUUCAGGGAGAAAAGGAUUUUUGAUUUCUUAAAAAAAAUUGUAUUCUUAAAUAUUUUCAGCAGUUUAAUUUUAUAAGUGGAAUGUGAGUUCACCUAGAAGCAAGCACUAAAAUCUUGAGGCUUCUUUACUAUUUAAAAAAAUGAAUUUCAGUCAUAUUUACUUGAUUCAUGUUCUGCUUGCAUUUGAUGUACCACGUGCUAUUUAAUUUCAAUUAUUAUUGAUAGCUCAAAUUUGGUUACAUUAUCAAAAUUUGCCCCACAGUUUUUGGAGUAUAGGUGCCACAUCAGGCACAGAUACACAACCAUGAAGCGCACAUAUCAUAUAUUUGAUUCUAAAACAAAUAAGGGUAUAACCUGGAUAUAUUUGGAGAAAUGGCUCAGUGGUUUUAUGUUCAUACAAGUCAAAGGGAUUCAGUGUUGUUUGGUUAUCAACAUUCUUCAAUAUACCUUCUUUUGUGUUCUGCUGAAGGAUAAAAGUCAAACCGGUUCGGAAUGACAUGAGGGUGAAUAAAUGAAAGAAGUUUCAUUUUUUUGGUGAACUAUCCCUUUAGGCAGUACAUUUUGGUAAUGGAUCCUCCGGACAUUAUCUUCUGUUGUUAUGGACAAUCGUCCCUAAAGAAUUAAACAUUCUUUUCAUUUUUGUAUAUUUAGCCUUUUGUCAUAUUUAGGCUAUAUGUCUUUAAUAUUGAGGGCGCUUUUAAAAAUCCGGCACUAAAUAGACUAGUUAUACGCCUCAAAUGUCUCAGGAGACAUGUCAAUCUGACCAUUUCUGAAUGACCAUUGUAGUUCCUGAUGCUCUGAGAUCAAAGCUGCUGCCAGUCGGCCAAAUCAUCUGCCUGUUUGGCUGGAGCUGCUUUCCCGGACCACUUUAAGCCGAGCGUAGGAAAUACACAGUCAUCCUAUUUUAUCAAGAUCUGUGUUUAAUCUCUGCAUAAGAUCCUAUAGUGAAUUGUUUAUCACACACCUGCAUUCUCUUUGUGAGUUUAACUGGAGUGAAACUAAGCACGAGUAACAGGAUAAAAAACCCCAUCUCUUUCCCUCUCUCUUUUUAAAGGCAAAUUAGUGUUCAUCAGAAGCACAUUAAAGUUGCACGUGACAGAUAUUUAGUUCUAUUUUAGCUUGUUUCACCCAUUAUGGUGAAAUGAAAUCUGUUUAAUCCUUGUUAGCCUGAUGGUGUCAGAUCUCCGCUACUAACUCGGGGAAACUGGAUGGUCAGUGACAUCAAAACCUGCUUCAGGGUCUCUGUACAUGCAACACGUGUCCUUGAAGUGCUACAGAGAAAAGAGACAACUGACACACUUAGAUUUGCUUUUCCUCACUUGACAGAAACUGACGUUACAUCACGAAUAAAUGAUUUGAAUCUGCAUCUGGCUGUUUGCUGUGUGAUCACAUCGGUACAACCAACUGAACCCAUACGAGCUCCAAAGAGACUGAAGUCAUAUAUUCACUGCUGACACCUGCAACAACUGCCUGCUGAAGUUGUGAAACACUUGUUCAGUUUAAUUUACUUGUCUGUACGGGGCGCAUCGAUGUGUUUCCUGAUGACUGUUCAGACACGCAGAUGCUGGGAAUGAAGAAAUGCAAAGUAGAGUUUUUGAAUCUGCGCUUAACUCGAGUGCUCAUGCAGUUGUGUAGUUUAUUUGACAACUUUCCUUAUAAAAAAAGAAAUCCCUGAAAAGUGCUAAUGCCACACAUUAAAAUAUGUAUAAAUGGCAUUACACAGAUAAAAUACUGAUUAAAAAUAGCCACACAAGACACAUUUCAGGCAAAAAAUGAUGGGGUAUUUGAUAUCUUAUGAAAAGACAUUAAGGAAUUUUAGGUUUGGUUAAACUGUCCAUGUACUUUUUCAACCUAUUGUAUUAUUGUGCAAAGCAUUUUAAACGAAAAAAUUUUAAGUACGCACAUGUGAUCCGUAAGAAUCAUAUCUUGCAUAAAUUGUAACACUAAAGUGUCUUGCAGCUGCAGUUCCAUCCCAAAAGGAGAUCACACCUUUCUUCUUCAUUGCAUCUAUUUAAGGUUUAAGAAUUUUAUAAUUCUGUAUACAUGUGCUGCCUGAGUGUAUUAGGACAUACUCGAAAGUACUUGUAUUGGUUUUCUGACCAGUACAUCCAGAGACUGUAUUUGGCAACUGGCCCCGUUCAUCAUGAACAUCUGCCACUAGAUGGCGUCAUUCUACACCAUCAACCUUUGUGUGUAAUAUUAGAUUAUUAUGCACUUUUACCCUCCCUCAAAUUGUCCCCAGAACAACUUUGACAUCGUCUGAAAAGUAUCCUCGUUUUAUUUUUUAAUCCUUACGUCUUGAAAAUACAUUUCUAAAUAACAAUAAUAAUAGUUAAUAAUAGUGUUUCUAGUUAUUUUCUUAUAUUCUUUUCCCAUGCUUUCUUGCAUUUGAAGAAUUUGAAGCGUCUAUGAGAAUCAACAGCUUCUUGUGACUCGCGCAGGAACUCGUUUCAGAGAACUCGGCAAUCAAACGUACAAAUCAAAUGUAUGGAAAUAAAAAAGUAGUUAUGUCCUAAUAUUUUAUUUAAAAUAGUAGGUAGGUGAGGUGUGAGUAAAAAAAGCAAAUAACAGUUAUAUAUUCAUUUAUCAUAUAUUAAAACAUUUGUGGGGUCAAUAUAACCCCACACAAUAAACCAUUGCUACAUUUGCACAUAACAGGAGGAUUAAAAUCUUUUAUUGCGUCUGAACCGAAAUCUAAACGGCAUAUUCUCCAGCUCAAAAACACAUAGGCCUGGUUUCACAAACAAGGCUUAAGGCUAGUCUCAGACUAAAAUGAAUGUUUGACCUGUCUUAAUUGAAUAUAACUUGCCCAGAAAUAUCUUAAAGUAUAUCAGUGCCAAUGUUUUGCCUCAAGAUGCACACCAGUAAUGUAUUCCUCUAAGGUAUUUUUAUAAAAGCGACAUAAAUAUCUUAAUUCAACUAAGGCACAGUCCUGGAUUAAGCUAAACCGUGUCUGUGAAACCGGGCCAUAGACAUGUUUGAUUUUAUCCCUGUUACCACCCCAGGUGUUGUAAUCAAGGGGUGUAAUGUUCAUUUGUAGCCUACAUUUGAAAGGCUGGGUGCGGUGCAAGACAAGUCAAGUGUUUAAUUUUCAAUAGAUUAAGACUUUACAGCUUUAGUGCCUUUUUUGUUUAUAGGAGCCACAAACGCCUAAUCUCAUGUUUUGCACAUGCCUCAAGCACAACUAAUAUGUUCAACUUUGUUUUUUAAUACUUUACCAUGUAUCUCACAGGACAUAUUGACACAACUUGUCAUACGUGAAUUGCAUUGAACUAGCUUUUAUUCGUUUGUAAACUACAAUAUGAUUUAUGAUGCAGUAUGGUGCGUUACAUUUUGGGCCUUUAUCUAAAAUAAAUACAUUGUAUUAGUUUAUAAUAGCUGUUAAUGUUUUAUGAUUUUUAUGAUUAUUUUGGAAGAUGACCACGUGUGAACAAGUGUUUUUUGCUUAAACGUUUGGUUCCCCCUUUGUGCCUCUCAUGUCACAGACCAUAUUCUACCCAAAAUGACAAUUUCAGUGGGGUUGUUACAAAGGAUUACAUAAUUUUUCCUCUGGAAGUUUUCCAGGUUAGUAGCAUCACUGCUUAUAUACGAAGUCUACGUCGAUAUUCGUUCAUGCAUUUGUCACAUGCAUUUUUUCCAAAAUGGAUUAUUAUUAGCGAUAUUAUGGCACAUUAGCAACUGGGUAUCUACAAGCAGUAUUUUGUGAAAUAAUCUGAAUGUAUUUCUUUUGGAGACAGAGGGAUUCUGUUUGGAAAGUCUACACAUAUUCACUCAUUUGUUUGAUACACACCGGUCUGUUCUUGCAAUAUCGGUUGUUUAAAAAGAAAACCCGAAACGGAAAGGAAUGGAUUUUUAUGUCAAAUCUUUACUGACUACCUUGUGCCUCUCGACCACAACCAACAGCAUUAAGGAGCAGAAUUAUGCAGAAAGUUAAAUCUCCAGAACUGUCAGAUCAGAUGAAAUAUUUUUAUGUUAAUGCUUUAAAAUAUCUUCAGCUUAUCGGCAACCUCGGUUUGAAGUCUUAAUUUUAAGGUGCAAUUGAAAUGGUGUUAUCUAAAUAUUAUUUUGUACUUGUGCUAAAUUGAUGUAUCUGUGAUUUUUCUGAUAAAAUAGAUAAAGCAGAAACAAACUUUGCCUCCCCUGCCAUAAUGAUAAAAAUCUUUC